AUGUCUGCUCAAUCGUCGUCUCAACGGUCUUCAAGUACCAGCAAGACACGGGAACGGAGGAAGUCAAAAUCUCGUCGACGAUGCUGGUUUGGAUGUCUGUGGUUGUCAUCGAAAGUCAGUCUGAUUCGAUCUUCCAGUCGUUUUUCGAGGAGUCCUGAGCCGGAUGAAAGCUUGACGGUGGCCGACAGAGUGAUGGGAAUCAUAAACGAAAAACCGCUCAAGAUGACACACAUCACUAGAGCUACAAGACUCGUCAACGAAAUUAGCUUCACGGAUCGUAAACAAUUCGUCGAUUGUGGUGUUAUCCAUCAGCUGCUGGAACUCAUUGGGGAGACUGCCAUCUCGGAUUUCUCUACUUCAUCGAGACCAGAGGAGAACAAACGUCGUGCUCGUCGCAACUCGUCUGCUUCAUUAUCCCACAAGGGAACUGGAUACGGAACUGGAUCCACUCGGUCUCGUUGGGAUAUUGAACGGACUGUCGAAGAAAAAUUAAUCCGAGAGGAACAUUUAACCUGGCUAUUAAGUAUUCUUAACUCUUUCAUGUUGGGAUGCCCAGUGUUGGAUCAUUUAAAACAUAAACCUGAAGAAUUGGUUCACAUGAGUGAGACUGCUAUCCAGCUUAUUGCCGAGUCUUCAAUUUUGAGCAUUCUGGAAUAUAAUCUGCGGAACGAUAGCUUCUUUGAUGUUAGCGAGCAUUUGGAAAUCUAUCAGGCGCUUCUUGAGACUGCUGCUUGUAUGGCUGCGGCUCCCGAACUGGUGCAGUUUUUGGUCCGACCAUACACUCCAAACGCAAAAUCUAUUGCAAAAGAAUUGAUACCCCGUUUCAAGGAUAACAUAUUGGCGACUCAAUCUCGUUGGGGAGGCACUUUGGAAGAAACCAACUUCCGUAUGACUGAGUUCGCCGCCAAAGUUUCUACACUCUCUGACUUUGUGAUUGACGCCGCUCGCGUCUACGAGCAAACUCUGCCGCCCGAACAACGCAUUCAAACAGCCACCCAUCGCCGUCAGUCACAUCCAGGAGUCCACUCAAAAAUGCAGGAGGCAAAGGAUGAAGAGACCAUCUAUAAGAGCAAAAUGCAAGAGCUCCAAUUACAAACUGCCAAAUUUAUUGGAGACUUUGGAAAAGUCGCAGUUCCAUAUGCGUUCAAGAAGGAGGCUAAAAACAUCAACCCAUUUAGUCCACAUUUGCGUGACAGCAAUCAAGAAUGUUUCAGAACCAAACGCAUUGCCAAGGAACUCGCUUCCAUUGCCAACGCACUUCCAUUAAACGCCAGCAACAGCAUUUACGUCUGCUAUGAUGAGGGUCGUGUUGACAUCAUCAAGGUUCUCAUUUCGGGACCAGAUGACACUCCAUAUGCCAAUGGACUUUUUGAAUUCGAUGUCUUCUUCCCAACUGGUUAUCCAUUCUCUCCACCAAAAUGCUCUUUCCUGACUACUGGAUCUGGAAAUGUGCGAUUCAAUCCAAACUUGUACAACGACGGGAAAAUCUGUCUCUCCAUCCUGGGCACGUGGGAAGGGCGGCCAGAAGAGAAAUGGAACCCAUAUUGCUCUUUGAUGCAAGUGCUGGUCAGUAUUCAGGGAUUGAUCUUUGUGAAAGAUCCAUACUUCAAUGAACCAGGAUUUGAAAGAUACCAGGGAACCGAGCGCGGAGAUGAGUACUCGCGCAAGUAUAAUCUUCAAAUUGAGCAUGCCACAUUGAACUAUGCCAUUAGGGAGCAAUUGAGGAAACCAUCUGAACAUUUUAAGGAAGUUAUCGAAAAGCAUUUAUGGCUAAAACGGGAGAAAAUUCUGAAGCAAGCAAAUGCCUGGAUCUCUAACAUGAAAAACGACUUUGGAGAUGAGAAAAUGAGUAAAAGAAAGGAUGUGUUCGCUUUUGAAACUGGAUUUAAUCCAGCGACACAGGAACGGGUUGUAAGAAAUCUGAUUGAUGAGUUGCAAGCAAUGACUUCUCCAUUUGCCAAGGAAGAGGCAGAAGAGGCUGAAAGAGUGAAAAAGGAGCAAUUGGAGCUGGAAGAGAAGAAAAGGAAGGAGGCCGAAGAGAAGGCGGAUAUUGAAAGAGAAACCCGUGAGCUCGAGGCUGAUUUCCAGCGACGGAGGUCCAGCGCUGCUCUAACGGGUGUUACUGUCAUUCGCACACAACCAAUGGGUAACUUUCUUGAAAAUUUUCAUUUUAAUUCUAAUUUUUCUUUUUCAGGCGACUACAUUCCACCAUCUAACAACAACGAACCAUCUACGUCAUCUGCCAACAUUUAA